AUGGACUUCGCGCGCCUCUGCUUAGGGCUGCUGCUGCUCCUGCUGCCUUUGGUGACUGCUUUGGAUUUCAACUACCACCAUCAGGAAGAGAUGGAAGCGUUUCUGAAGACUGUUGUCCAAAACCACAAUUCUAUCACUCACUUACACAGUAUUGGGAAAUCCGUGAAAGGCAGAAACCUGUGGGUUCUGGUCGUGGGACGGUUCCCAAAGGAACACAGGAUUGGGAUUCCAGAGUUCAAAUACGUGGCAAAUAUGCAUGGAGAUGAGUCUGUUGGACGGGAAAUGCUGCUCCAUCUGAUUGACUAUCUUGUAAGCAAUGAUGGAAAAGACCCGGAAAUCACUAAGUUAAUCGAUAGUACCCGGAUACACAUCAUGCCUUCGAUGAAUCCAGAUGGAUUUGAAUCUGUCAAAAAGCCAGACUGCUUUUACAAUCAAGGAAGGGAAAACGAUAACCACUAUGACCUGAAUAGGAAUUUCCCCGAUGCUUUUGAAUUCAAUAAUGUAUCGAGGCAACCAGAAACUGAGGCCAUCAUGAAGUGGCUGAAAACGGAGACAUUUGUGCUUUCUGCAAACCUCCAUGGUGGUGCCCUUGUGGCCAGUUACCCAUUUGAUAAUGGUGUUCCAGCAACUGGGGCAUUACACUCCUGGAGCUUAACCCCUGAUGAUGAUGUUUUUCAAUAUCUUGCAAAUGUCUAUGCUUCACGGAAUCCCAACAUGAAGAAAGGAGAUCAGUGUAAAAAUAGUAUGCAAUUUCCCAAUGGAGUGACAAAUGGCUACUCCUGGUACCCACUCAUAGGUGGAAUGCAAGAUUACAACUAUGUCUGGGCCCAGUGCUUUGAAAUUACAUUGGAGCUGUCAUGCUGCAAAUACCCUCGUGAGGAGAAGCUUCCAUUCUUCUGGAACGAUAACAAAGCCUCAUUAAUUGAAUAUAUAAAACAAGUGCACCUAGGUGUAAAGGGCCAAGUUUUUGAUCAAAACAGAAAUCCACUCCCCAACGUGAUUGUGGAAGUCCAAGACAGAACUCAUAUCUGCCCCUAUAUAACCAACAAAUUAGGAGAGUAUUAUCUCCUUCUUUUGCCUGGGUCUUACGUGAUAAAUGUAAGUAUACAAUCUUUAUUGUAUUCAAAUACUAUAGAAUUCACAAUACUUACCUACACGGAAAAAAUCUAA